UUGGUACCUACCAGUUUGUUUGUCCAAAGUUUGGGUGAAUUGGUUGAUUGGUGGUGGGACCUUCAAUCUUUUUUGCAAAACGGCCUUUUGCCUUUGAAUGCGGAUGUAUUUGGGCCAUUUUACGAAUCUCGACAAAUCACGUGGAGGUUGAAUAAAACUUACCAAUGCCGAAGUUUCUUGGCCUCUUCUCGAAAAGCGGGUUUACUUCCUUUUUCUGCUCAACUUUUUUCACUGCCAAAGGGGCGGCUGCUACUUUCUUGCCAACCUUCUUCUUAGAUAUUUACCUUUUUUUGCACCAUUUUAAAGUUAUGUAUUGGGCCUGAUGCACCCAAUAAUCAAAAGAAACUAUUUUGGUUACAGAAGUACGAUCUUCUCGAUGGAGACCGACUGGAAAAGAGCGCAACCGCGGAAUUUCCGACCGAUGACAGCGCCACCGGCGCGAAGUUUAAAUAUCAUGCGCGUUGUUCAAUAUGCUUGAUUUUAAAUACCAUGGCGUGUUAUUUGUUUAUUAAUAUGUUAUUGAUGUUAAAAAUGGUGUUUAUUUAAGUGGAAAAUGUAAUAAAUAUAAACUAUUUGUCCCCAAUGCGGUAAAAAUGCAAAUCGGCGAGAUGGCACGUAACAUCACCGUGGUAAGGCACAGAUUUAUAAAAAGUAGGCCGACAAUAAGCGUAUCUAAACACGCAACUUACUACCUAUAUAUUACGGAUAACAUGCAAAUUUUUGACGUCCCACUUGGAGCGCUAUUUGAAUAUAUCGACCUAAAGAACUAACCAGCGCGGUUCAUCUCGUAAAAUAGUCAAAAACGGAACAAAUGCGGUGUCACCAGUCCUGAAAAAUACCCGCAAUGGAACAAAAGUCUUCGAUUAUUUCGACGGAGCUGCGAAAAGGGGACAAGUUGGGCACAUACAAAACUAUAUUUAUGUUUUUACAAAAUCUAAAUUUUCACGACACAUGCUCAGCCUUCAUAAAAGACGCAAACAUUUCAAAAUUGGACAUAUCCAAUGCCGACUCUAAAACGAUCGUGUUGAAACCUUCAAAUCAGGAAAAGGAUAAAAUUGAUGUUUCGAUUUCCGAUGUAAUUUCGAAUGAAAAUGGACCACCUGAAUAUUCAAAAAUCGAUGAUGUUUCAUCGAGAGUCAGCACUGGUGAAACCAAUUCGAGCGAAAACUUUUGCAUAUUAAGAAAGAAGUUUCAAACUCUUCAGGAUGACCAUAAAAAAUUAACAGCUGUAGCAACGGAAUUAACCAACGCUUUGCAUAACAAUGUGAUGGGACAAACCCAACAGAUGAACCAAAUGCUGGACUCAUGUAAAAACAUCUACCCCGAUCUAUUUAUCGAACAAGAAGCGAUUCCCGCCCUUCAAAUAUCAUCUGAUAAUUCCAGAAAUGAAAAUUUAACGCCCAACGAUUCAAAAAGUGUUUCUAAUGUAGAACAAGCUUAUUUGGUUGAAGCCGAAGCAAUUGCUUUAAGUGAAUGUAAAACCGACAGAAGUGCCACUUCGGCCCAUAAAAAUUCAAAGGAGAUUCUGGAUUAUGUUAUAAAUACUGUGAUAGAUGCUUGUCAAAGUAUUGAAAAAAUUGACGAAGAUGAAAAUAAUACUUCAAAUGAAACACUUUCUUUGAAACAUUUAGGGAACAGAAAUUCGGCUUCUUCAAGUAAAAGUCCUAGCGAAGCUAUCUCGCCACGAGAAAAAAUCAACUGCUACAAAAUUGAUGAAAAUCCCGAUGAAAAUGAAAAUUGGAAUUACUCUAAAAUAAAACGUGAUUUAAUUGAUGGUGAUCCGAAAGAUUGCAAUAAUUUGUUAAAAUCUCUUAGAUGGCUGUUGACAUCGGAAGAAUUAAGAGAAAGCAGGGAGAAUAUUUUGAAUUGCUAUAUUCGAAAUGAUGUAUUGUUUUUAGUAGAGAAUACCACUGAUAAUUUAGUUCAACUGUUUUUAAAACACGACCAUCUACCUUUGCAGGUUUUAAAUCAAAAUUAUCGUUUAUCAUUUAAAUCUACCGGUUCUAUUAUUCAGGAAAACAUGGCUAGGAUGACAAACACGUUUGCUUCUUUUCGUCUUGGAAGAGACUACUUGAACGGAAAAAAUUGCGCCGUUCUUAAAAGCACAUUUCUACCCCAAAUUCUAAACAACGAAAGAAUACCAGUGAGCAAUAAAUUCGACAUACUAACAAAACCGGUAGACUUCGCAAAAUUAACCAAGUCAUCAAGUUUGGAAGAUUCCGAUUCUUCAGAACCGAUUUUCGAUCUGGAGGAAAAAUUUUCCGAUGUGGAUCUUACUGUUUUAAAUUCCUAUAGAAAUCCAUCUUCGAAUGAUUGUUUAAUUAUAAAAACGGAAACUUUCUGCCGAGCUACCACUCCUAAUAUAGUGAAAUCGACCUCGGAAAAAAGUCGGGACGUUUCUUGUAACUUUGAUGUGAUGCACUCUUCCUCAAUUACUCCAGUAAAAAUUCCCACUCGCAAAACUGAAAAAGUAUCACCAUUGCCCAAAAAGAUCGGCAAUGUUGAUAAGGGUAGGAAAAAUAAUGGAAAAAAUGCAACGACACGUAAAAGAAAUGAAUCCAACAAUAGAAACCGUCCUAAAGUUAUAGAAGAAUCAGCCCCAUUUUGCUACAUGGAACUAUGCAGAAGAUGGUCUGGCAAUGGUGCUUGUAAUUGUUCAAAAUGCUCCGGUGGAACUAGAUAUAGUUGUGGAUGCUACGAAAUUUUGCGUAAGGAUUUGGAAGCAGAAAUGGGAGAUAGCGAUAAGAAAAAUUCGCCAAAAUUAAAAAAGUAUUUCAUUCUAGCUAGUGCUGUCUUGGCCAUCGCCCAUUGUGCACCUGGUAUAAUAAGCGGUCACGAUGGCGGCGGUCUGUCAUUGGGCGGGGGCGGCGGUGGAGGCGGCGGCUACAAUUUGGGCGGCCAUGGAAGCGGCAUCAGCUUCCUGGGCGGUCACGGUCUGGGCGAGGGCGGAAAUAUUGGCGGUCACCAGCAGGGGGGCGGUGAAAGCGGGGGCGGCGAUUUUCACCACGGCGUCAGCAUUGUCGGGUUAGGGGGCGGCCAGAAAUCGCAAUCUUUCGAUCUCACCGACAAAAUUGGUAACCAUGGCCAUAAGGGUCCAUUCGGGGGAAGCUUCGUGGCCUCCAGUAAGUACAGCUCGGGUGGGCAUGGAGGGGGCGGGGAUGGCGGUAGUGGCCACUUGGGUGGGGGUUACGGGGGGCAUAGUUUCGGAGGAGGGGAAGGUUAUCAAGUGAGUGAGGGUGCUACCCACUACAGCGACGUUUUGGGGGCAGAUCAAGGUCAUGGAGGGUUCCAACAAGGGGGCGGUCAGGAUAGUUUUGGGCAUCAAGAAUAUGGUUUGUCUCAAACGCAAGGUUUAGGGGCGCAUGGGGGAAGUGGGUUCGACCAAUACCAUUAAAAGGAAAAGAAGUGAUGUCGAGUGAUGAUCUUUUGUAAAUAUUUAUUUUCUUGUUAUUUUCUUUGUUACAAUAAAACAUUAAAAAAUAGUCCGCUUUUAUUUUUCGUUCCGUUAGUUAACAUGCCCACAAAAUUAUUGAUAAAACCAAGACAAAAUCAUGAACUUAAAAGAUUUGCAACGUGUCGAAAAAAAAUUGUUCCAAUAGUAUAACUAAAAUAAUAUGAGGGCUAAUAAGUCUGAGAUUAACAAUGAAGAAAGAAAAAAACUCUGGAAAUAGAAGCAAGAAAACAAGAAUACAGUACCAGUAGCGUAGAAAAAAAACUGCUGUUAAAAUAAAUAUAUUAUCACCCAUAAUAUACCAAGUGGUAUGAUUAUCAUCGAUGAUAUUUUCGAAUUGAAAUGUGCUGCUUCGGUUUCAAUGAGUAAAUAUCGUCGAUAAUUAAUCAUACCACGAGUUAUAUUUAGUGAGAAAAUAUAAUGAAUUUUAGGAUUUAACGAAUUGUCAGUUUGACAUUUAAAAUUAAAAUUUGCUUUAAAAUAUAAAAAGACUUUAAUAAACUAUGGCACGCCGUUUUAGCAUUUAUUAGAUAAAAGUUUAAAUAUCAUCAUUUAAAAAAAUUUAACUCAAAACAAUUGAUAGUCAAAAAAUAUUUUAAAUAUAAAAUGCAAC